AGGCAGUGGGCUCCGAGUCAACUGGCAUGACCGCGGGCACUGGGUCAGACAUUGGAUCGUCUGACUGGACAGCGGGCAUCGGGUCACCAGGCAUCAGGUCAUUUGGCUCGACAGCGGGCACCGCGUCAUCUGGCAAGGCAGUGGGCUCCGAGUCAACUGGUAUGACCGUGGGCACUGGGUCAGACAUUGGAUCGUCUGACUGGACAGCGGGCAUCGGGUCACCAGGCAUCAAGUCAUUUGGCUCGACAGCGGGCACCGCGUCAUCUGGCAAGGCAGUGGGCUCCGAGUCAACUGGUAUGACCGCGGGCACUGGGUCAGACAUUGGAUCGUCUGACUGGACAGCGGGCAUCGGGUCACCAGGCAUCAGGUCAUUUGGCUCGACAGCGGGGGCACCGCGUCAUCUGGCAAGGCAGUGGGCUCCGAGUCAACAGGCA